AUGAGUUUAAGUGCAACUGAGAGUUGUGGAAAGAACUUACAGUAUCGAGUAGAUCAUCUUCUCAGUGCAGUGGAAAAUGAGCUUCAAGCUGGAAGUGAGAAGGGGGACCCUACAGAAAGAGAGCUCAAAGUUUCUUUGGAAGAGCAAGACCUUUGGUUACGAUUCAAGGAGCUCACCAAUGAGAUGAUUGUCACAAAAAAUGGCAGGCGAAUGUUUCCUGUGCUAAAAGUGAGUGUUUCUGGACUAGACCCCAAUGCUAUGUACACAUUCCUGCUAGAUUUUGUGUCAGCAGACAACCACCGGUGGAAGUAUGUAAAUGGAGAAUGGGUUCCAGGAGGAAAACCGGAGCCGCAAGCUCCAAGCUGCGUCUACAUUCACCCAGAUUCCCCAAACUUUGGAGCCCAUUGGAUGAAAGAUGCUGUUUCUUUCAGUAAAGUUAAACUCACAAAUAAAAUGAAUGGUGGAGGCCAGAUUAUGCUAAACUCAUUGCACAAAUAUGAGCCCAGAAUUCACAUAGUUAGAGUAGGAGGAUCCCAAAGAAUGAUCACCAGCCACUCCUUUCCAGAAACACAAUUCAUUGCUGUGACUGCUUACCAGAAUGAAGAGAUUACUGCUCUUAAAAUAAAGCACAAUCCCUUUGCCAAGGCUUUUCUGGAUGCUAAAGAGAGAAAUGACCAUAAAGAACUUCUGGAUGAAGCCAUUGAUGGUCAACAAGGUUACUCACAAUUAGGUAGCUGGCUCAUUCCUGGUACCGGAUCCUUAUGCUCUCCUGCAAAUCCUCAUUCUCAGUUUGGAGCACCAAUAGCCCUGUCUUCUCCUCAUGGCUGUGAUCGAUACUCCUCUCUGCGGAAUCACCGGGCAGCUCCAUAUCCAAACCCAUACUCUCACAGAAACAAUUCUCCAACAACUAUACAAGAUAACUCAUCUUCCUGUUUGUCUAUGCUCCAGUCACAUGAUAAUUGGUCAAGUCUUCAAAUGCCUGCUCAUACAGGAAUGCUCUCUAUGACGCACCCCACAAGCACCUCAAAUGCUUCCAGUCAGUAUCCAAACUUGUGGUCUGUGAACAACAGCACUAUUUCUCCAGUUUCUCAGUCUGGAGGAAUCCCUAAUGGAUUAGGUUCACAGUACUUACGAGGAUCUACAACUCAUUACUCAUCUCUUUCACAUGGAGUAGCUUCACCAUCCUCAGUAUCACCAUUAUACGAUCAUGGAGCAACUACAGAUAUUGUAGAGAAUCAAUAUGAAGUCACAAACCAUUCUAGAUUAUCAUCACCAUGGACACCAGUCGCACCCACCUCCAUGUAA